AUGGACUUUGAAAUUGCUAUUGCUGUUGCAAUUUUAUUUUCUAAACUAACGUCUGCCGCUAAACAAAGACCUGAAUUGUCUCCAGAAUUAAAACAUUUAGGAUUAUCUCCCGAGAGUUUCUGGGAAGAUUUCCAACGUUAUCAAAAUAUUAAUGAUUUAGAACAAGUUUGGAUCAGAUCUGAAUCUCAGGUUUCCGAGGGAUCUGGGGAAAGACAAUUCCCUGCUAAAUGGUCGUUAGAAGAACCAACAGUGAAUCCUGGGUUUCGCGGUGAUAAAGGUUUGGUUUUGAAAGAUAAAGAUACUUUUGCCAUGAUAGGGCGUAUCUUUGAACGUCCAAUUGAAUUGGAAAAGGACUCGAAAUUAGUGGUUCAAUACGAGGUAAAAUCUCAAAAUAUCAAUUCAGAUUGUGGUGGUGCUUUUUUGAAGUUAUAUUCACCUGUACAAGAACAAGAGUUUAAAGAUUUUGGUAAUACUAACCCUACAAUUGAAUUAGUAUUUGGACCUGAUAAAUGUAUCCCUUACACUAAUGAGGUUCAUUUUGGUAUUAAAAAGACUAAUCCAAUUACAAAUGAAUCUGAAAUGAAAUUCUUGGAUAAAAGUGUCUUACCUAAUUUCGGUAGAGAUACAUUGACUCAUUUAUAUACAUUAAUCGUGGAUAGUAAUAAUGACAAAUACGAAAUUAGAAUUGAUGGUGAAGUAGCCAUUGCAGGAAAUUUCUUGGACAAGAAUAGUUUUGAACCUUCUCUUAUUCCAGAACAAUUCAUUAUCGAUACUACAGAUACAAAACCUUUGGACUGGGACGAUCGGAAACAAAUUCCAGACCCUUCAAUUCCUAAGCCUGAAGGUUGGGACGAUCGUGAAUAUAUCACAGACACUAAUGCCAUUAAACCUUCUGAUUGGAAUGAAGAUCUCUUACCAAUGAUUCCAGAUCCAACGAAUCCUAAACCUGAAUGGUGGAAAGAUGAUGUUGAUGGUAAAUGGGAACCCACAAUGAUCCGUAAUCCAGAUUGCCAAAAUUUAUCAGGAUGUGGUCCAUGGGAACAACCAAUUAUUGCCAAUCCUAAUUACCAGGGCACAUGGGCAACGUUGAUAGAUAACCCUAAUUAUCAAGGUGAAUGGGAACCAAGAAAAAUUAAUAACCCAGAGUAUUAUUAUGAAGAACAUCCAGGACAAAUUGAUAAUUCCAUAGGUGCUUUAAUGUUGGAAUUCUGGAGCGGUUCUGAAAACUUAGUUUUCGAUAACAUUUAUGUCGGGAAACAUAUCGAUGAAGCAGAAUUGAUAGGUAAUCGGACUUUCAUCCCUAAGAGGCAAGUGGAAAGAUUAACAGUUCCAGCACCCAAAAUCACCAAACGGUUCACAGGUUCCUUAAUGAGUGUCAACCCAUUUAUCAAAGGUGUUUUCAUUGGCAUAAUUUCCCUUACAAUUCUCGGAUUAUCCACUAUCAUGUUUCUGAAAUCUGCAAUGGCCCUGAUAAACGACCAAGGCAAGAACACAAAGGCAAAAACGAUUGACACGGCUUUGAAAUCUCGUUUAGUGUCUCAAAGUCUGACAAAAGUAAACAGUAACGAGUCGUUUGAAGAGGAAGUAGAAGAAUCUAUCGUCGAUGGCAACAAAGUUGACGAGAUGGAAUACGACCGGUUGAUUGCAUUGGCCGAACAAGAACAGAACUUUGCUAAAUAA